AACAUUGAUGAGAAAGAAACAUCGAUCAGCUGCCUCCUGCACACCUCCUACUGGGAUGUGCCCACAACCAAGGUACAUGCCCUUGACCGGAAUAGAACCUGGGACCUUUCAGUCCACAGGCCGACGCUCUAUCCACUGAGCCAAACCAGUUUCGGCUGGGCAGACUCUUCUCCUUCUGCCUCCAGGGCACAUGCCAUGGGUUGGAUGGUGAGUGGAGAGGUUGGACAUAGAGGGUCUGUGUUGCAGCAGAAAGAGCCCAGGCUCUAAGAUUCAGAGAGAACUGGGUUUAAAUUCAGGCUCCGGGACUCCGAGACUGUGUGGUUCAGAAAGAAUCUUAGUCUCUGGAAGCCUCCAUUCGCCACAGACAGGGUGGCCAUGAGGGUCAGUGGUCAUAGAGCAGGUGCUCAAGUCUUGUUUUGUUUCCAGGCCCACAGUUGCAGCAUUUCUGAGCACGGAUAUGACAGCCACAGCCUGGGAGACCAACCUCACACCAACCAAUGGAAGUGAUCAAGCCUUUCAUCAAUAUGAUACAAAGUUCAUAAUCUUGCAAUUACUGACAGUCAUGGUGGCCCUGGUUGGGCUGGCAGGCAACACAGUGGUGCUCUGGCUGCUGGGCUUCCGCAUGCGCAGGAACGCCUUCUCCGUCUACAUCCUCAACCUGGCGGGAGCCGACUUCCUCUUCCUCGGCUGUUAUAUUAUACAAGCCCUAGAGACACUCACCAGAAACUUCUCUCUCAUCUCCAUAUCCAUCCCAGACUUUUUCAUGAUUGUGUCCAUCUUUGCCUACAUCUCAGGCCUGAGCUUUCUCAGUGCCAUCAGCACAGAGCGCUGCAUGUCUGUCCUGUGGCCCAUCUGGUACCGCUGCCGCCGCCCGAGACACAUGUCCACCAUCAUGUGUGCCCUUGCCUGGGCCCUGUCCCUGCUGCUGAGUAUCCUGGAAGGGAACUACUGUGGCUUCCUGAAUUGGAUUGUGCAUGAUUUUUGGUGCCCAGUGUUGGAUUUCAUCACUGCGGCGUGGCUGAUUUUGUUAUUUGUGCUUCUCUCUGGGUCCAGCCUGGCCCUGAUGACCAGACUGCUGUGUGGCUCCCACCGGGUGCCACCCACCAGGCUCUACGUGACCGUCAUGAUCACCGUGCUGGUCUUCCUCCUCUGUGGCCUGCCCUUCGGAAUCCACUGGAACCUCUUAUUCUGGUUUGAUGUCUUCCCUCAUCUUGACCAGUUUGUAGUAUUCCUGUCCUGUGUCAACAGCUGUGCCAACCCCAUCAUUUACUUCUUGGUUGGCUCCUUCAGGCAGCGAUGGUGGAAGCGGAGACACACCCUGAGGCUGGUUCUCCAGAGGGCUCUGCAGGACACUCCUGAGGUGGAUGAACCUGGAGAAAGCCUUCCUGGGGAAACCCUGGCCAUGUCGGGAAGCAGUCUGGGCCAGGGAUGAGAGCCUCUGUCCUGAUCAGUCUGAAAGAACUUUGAGACUCACUGCUGCCC